GCCACAGCAAAGCCAACCCGACGGCGACAGCGACUACCACAAUAUUCAGAUAUUCGACAUGGUUUACAAGAUAAAAAUCAGUAGCAACCAUAACGACAUGGGUUUCAAGAAGCCGGACAAGGACCCAGCGUCGGUGCGCUGGCCGCAGUACCUGGCCGCCAUCAUUGGCACCAUCGGCGGCCUGUGCAGCGGCAACCACCUGGGCUGGACAUCGCCCACGCUGCCCUCCAUCACCAAGCCCAACGGCAACGCCACCUCACUGCUCAGCUCCGCACACGCACAGGCGGCGGAGCAUGGGCAGCAGCUGGUGACAACGGCGGAGGCGGCGUGGAUCGCGUCGAUGCUGCCGCUCGGGGCGACGCUGGGAUCGCUGCUGGUGGCGCUCUUCCUCGUGGAGUCUCUGGGACGGAAGGGCUGCAUCCUCGCCAUGGGCGCCCUCUUCACCGUCAGCUGGCUGCUCAUCGGCCUCGCUCAGCUCACCAAAUACCCAGCCAUCAUGAUGUACGUCGGCCGGUUCGUGGGCGGGCUGGCGGCUGGCGGGUUGACGAUCGUGGUGCCCAUCUACAGCGAGGAGGUGACGGUGAAGGAGGUGCGCGGGCGCGUGGGCGUGUUCUUCGACCUGAGCGUGAACGCGGGCAUCGUGCUGUCGUACGUGGCGGGCGGGCUGGCGCCGCAGCCACACCCCUGGCUGGCUUGGAUGUGCGCCGCGCUGCCUCUGCUGCACGUGGCGCUGCUCUGCCGCAUGCCCGAGUCGCCCGUCUUCCUGCUGCGCCGCGGCCGAGACGAAGCUGCGCUGAGCUCCCUGCGCUGGCUGCGAUACGGUCACAAGGAAGGCGACUACGAUGUAUCAGAAGAGUUCGACAGUUUGAAGGCCGCCAUCUGCGCUGAGAAGAAAGAAAUUGAGCAGCCGCCAAUCUACACGAUCACAACGCAGACGUCGGUGCUGGAUUGCGAGCUUACAGAAGACCUUAAGAAGCGCGUCAGAUGGAUCUCUGCCGGCAUCAUCCUGGGACUGAUGUUCUUCAGGCCUCUCAGCGGCAUCAACACUGUCACUUUCUACAGUGCUCCCAUUUUCCAGGAGGCCGGCAGCCCGCUGUCGCCCAACAACUCGAGCAUGAUCAUCGGCGCGGUGCUGCUGACGUCCAACACGACGGCUUCUCGCCUCGUGGACCACGUGGGUCGGCGCGCGCUGCUGCUCGUGUCGCUGGGCGGCAUCGUCAUAUCGUACACGCUGCUCGUCGCCUACUUCUACCUCAAGACCGUCUACCCAGACAUCGAGCUGACGGCGAGCUGGGUGCCGCUGCUGUCGCUCAUCCUGUUCGUCGUGUCCUUCUCGCUGGGCAUGGGCCCGCUGCCCUGGCUCAUCAUGGCCGAGCUACUGCCCGUCGAGAACAAGAAGGGCUCGGCGCUGUACGUGUCGCUCACCUGGCUGCUGUCGUUCCUCAUCACGAACUUCUUCAGCGACGCCGUCGACACGGUCGGCUCCAUACCGACCUACCUCUUCUUCCUGGUGGCCAACGUCCUCGCCAUCGCCUUCGUGGUGCCGUUUGUGCCCGAGACGAAAGGCAAAUCGAGAGAAACGAUUACCAGGGAGAUCGCGCGCAUCAAGAACUGAGCGGCCGGACGGGCGAGCUUGGAAAUGAAGAGAGGUGCCGCGUCGUGUGGCCCACGAGCAGCGGUAGCUGCCCAGCAGAAUGCCCACUGCCCCCCACUGCCCGCGCAGGGCACGGGGCAGCCAACGUGCUGCGCACGAACUAAAAACGAGCACAGCGCGGUGUGGGCUCUAUCUGCGCCACCGUUCCCGUUUGUCGGAUCGAGCUUGUCUGUCAUCCAGUGAUCCAGGCUUGUGAUAACUACAGUAUUACUGUUUAAAGACUUACUCUGCAGAGAUUGUCCAAGUAUUAUUAACUCUUGUUCCUAUACGAGGAAAAAUAGUUAUUCCUUACACGGAGUAUUUAUUAUCGAUGCAUUUUGUAAACAAGGAGAUUCCUCACUGUCGCCUCGUCAGGCAUACUGCAAUGUGCAAUGUUGUUUUAGCCUACAAGUGACAAUUUUUUAUACUCCUUUGGGUCUGCGAAAACAAGCCGUGCGCUGUUUUCAUUCUACUAUGUAUUAUGACGCACUUUUUCUGUGGUACAUAGAUAUUUGUGACGCUAUUUGUA